GACGCCUAAUUGCGCACGACACGAUCGCGACCAAACAACAUCAACAUGAUUGCAAACCUCUCUCUUCUCUGCCUGUCUUCACUUCUGAUGUUGAAUAUUGCUGGGGCCAAACCGAUAUCUAGUUUACAGAAUCUUAAACAGCUUCUGGAGGACGAGGCGGUGGGACCGUACUUCGGCUUGAAUGAGUCCGAGGUGGAUGGAAAAGACUUGAGCCCAGAGAAGAACGAUUACGGCGCAGGGGCAGCGGAGCAUCCCUGGGAGAAUGAGGAGGGAAAUCCCGCGCUGUCUGGAAAGGAGUACGCGCUAGCGCGCUUCCUUGGCGACAUCCUGUCCACGUCCAAGCGCUCCUGGAGCCGAUUCAAGAAGGGCGGACUGCGCAGCUGCUUCGGCGUGCGUCUGGAGAGAAUAGGCUCUUUUAGCGGGUUGGGUUGCUAAACCAAAAGGUUUUGAUGACAAGGAUUUGGGCGUACACACCCCUUACUUGAAGUCUUCGGGCAGAAGGAUUAAGUGACUGAGUGAAACAUUGGACGCGCGUUUACAAUGGAGUUUUGUUCAGAGUAUUUAAUUUCAGUUGUUGUUUUGUUCAGAUAAUAUAUGUAUAAGGAAUGGGAUUAGAGAUGUACAAAUUUUGUAAUGGCAUUGACUGAUGUUUUCAACGUUGUAUGUAUUUAUCUAUUUAUUUCAUUGCUGAAACUUGCAGACCUGGAACUGACUGUAACGCAGUCAAAUAAAUAUUUUGCAUAAUAAAAUCGCUUCUACUUAA